GUCCUGGAGGCUACACAGUGGGCACCAUGUCUGAGAAGUUUGACUGCCAUUACUGCAGGGACCCCUUGCAAGGGAAGAAGUAUGUACAGAAGGAGGGCCGUCACUGUUGCGUGAAAUGCUUUGACAAGUUCUGCGCCAAUACUUGCGUGGAAUGCCGGAAACCCAUUGGGGCUGACUCCAAGGAACUGCAUUACAAAAACCGCUAUUGGCAUGACUCCUGCUUCCGCUGUGCCAAGUGCUACCAUCCUCUGGCCAAUGAGACCUUUGUGUCCAAAGAAAAUAAGAUCCUGUGUAACAAGUGCACCACUCGUGAGGACUCACCCAGGUGCAAGGGAUGCUUCAAGCAAAUUGUUGCAGGAGACCAAAAUGUGGAAUACAAGAAGAAUGUCUGGCAUAAGGAUUGUUUCACUUGCAGUAACUGCAAACAGGUCAUUGGAACCGGCAGCUUCUUCCCUAAGGGUGAAGACUUCUACUGUGUUACCUGUCAUGAGACCAAGUUUGCCAAGCACUGUGUGAAGUGCAACAAGGCCAUCACUUCUGGAGGAAUCACUUACCAGGAUCAGCCCUGGCAUGGCGAGUGCUUUGUGUGUGCCACCUGCAGCAAGAAGCUGGCUGGACAGCGCUUCACUGCUGUGGAGGAUCAGUAUUACUGCGUGGAUUGCUACAAGUCCUUUGUUGCCAAGAAAUGUGCUGGAUGUAAGAACCCCAUCACAGGCUUUGGUAAAGGCUCCAGUGUGGUCAACUAUGAAGGGCAAUCCUGGCAUGACUACUGCUUCCACUGUAAAAAGUGUUCCAUGAAUCUGGCUAACAAGCGGUUUGUCUGCCACAAUGAGCAGAUCUAUUGCCCCGACUGUGCCAAAAAGCUGUAACCAGACAGGGUCAUCUGUCCUACAGAAUGGAGCUUGAGUCCUACUCUCAAAUGCUCUCUAUAUCUCUCAUUUGAGCAAGACUUCAAAAAAAUAUCACAAAUUUUAGCUUUUCUCUCAUUUUACGGAAUGGCUUAUAAAAAGGUGCAUGGUGACUGCCUUUGGUCCUAGGAAUUAAAACUCUGCAGCAAUCCCAUUUAAACCUUGCUUUUGUUAGAUAAGUAUGAAGAUUAUUACUAAAUAGAUUUUAAGUUAACCUUAGUAGGUAGACGCUUAUGCAUGUUGCUUUAAAAAAAAACUAAUCUUAAAAAACUAAUUUGCCAUAUAUAGCUAAUGCUGUGAACAAAUAACAUACCUCCUGAGUCCAUUGCUAAGAUUCUCAGGAACGACAACAUAGGCUUUAAUCAUCGUAUACCUGAUUGCAUUAUAUCCGCAAAUAGACCUGUAAUCCAAAGCAUAGUAGUAGCUGCCUUUACCAUAAUCACUAAUGGGAGCUGAAGAGGGUCUUGUAUUAAUGACAUGAGAGGUUUUGCCUUGUGCAAAGUAUAAUCUUAUCUCUCUUUUUUCCUUUGUGUUUUAAAAGCAACUAAUGCAGCAUUUUAUAGAAAGGCUCAUGUUUGAAGUGAAUUCCGAUUUGAAGUAAGCUUUCUGUUGCUAAUAGCUUUUGGCUUUUGUGUGUAGCAUGUGUUCCUGUGCUUUCUUCUGAAGCAUGCAUGACAUUUUGAAAAUGUACGCUCAUGAAGUAGUUUAGGUUAUUUCUGAUUAAUUACAGCAUGGCAAAUAGCAUUGAAAGCUUAGCUACUAAAAUCGCUUUUUUUUUUAGCUGCUUUUAUUAACCAGAUUUUGCUUGGAAGUGUUAUCAAUAAAGUUAGUCAAGUUAACGAAACCUGCAUGAAAUCAUUUUAAACUUUUGGAUUGUUUAUGCAAUUUGGAAAUGUAUCCCAUAGAAAUAGUAAGAAAAGCACUAGCUAACACUGCCACAGUCAUUGUAUUUUUACAUUAAUUUCUGCUCCUUGUCUAUUGAUAAGGAGAAAUGGACAGUUGACUUUGUAAUGUUUAGUGGGGGAGGCCACUUUCGUCUCAAAAUUGGAAAGCCAUUGCUUUGUUGGGUACUAACACUUUGGAAACACCAGAAUCGAGCGCCCCCCCCCCCACUACUAAUGAGAACAGUAACUGCAAUAAUAUUGUAAUUUUAACAAGGCAAUAAUAAAAUACAUGUAACCAUUUUGUCAGUGAGACAGGUAAUGAAAGGGGCUAUAGAGAAGUAGAUCCAUCCUGGUGCCCCUCCACCACAGUUUUGUCAUCAAUGACUUUAACAUCUAUUUUCCCAAAUUAUCAUCUGGAAAAUAAAGUAAAGUAUAAAUGGCU